AUGACUGCCAUCCGGCUCAGAGAAUUUAUUGACCGCCGCCCAACGAUCCCACCCAGGACGUUCAUUGCUCAUCAAGGAAAGGACCUCCGUGGAUAUUACCCUGGGCAGCUGGCAAGAGUCCACUGUGAUUAUAGUGUGAAGCGUUCCCCCAGAUCUCUCAUAGACUUGUCAAUUCCAUCUGAGAGAAAAAGUCAGUACCAGCCUCAAUUAGACCAACAAACUCUCAUUCGAUAUAUUUGUUUUCGAAGAUAUUCAAAGCCUGCUGAAUCAUGGUAUAAAGAAACCACCUACCAAAGAGACUAUUCCCUGCCAUUUUACAGGAUUGAUUCGGGCCAGAUAUCAGCCACAGUUUCAUCGAAUCCUAGACCGCUUUAUUCACUGCCAGAGCUCUACUGCUGUGAAGCGAGGUGGUGUUGA